AUGAGUUUGGCUCUUUCUGAUCUCUUGGUGUGCUGCAGAGGACUAGCGAAUGACAAGGUUACAGAGAGGAAGAAAGAAGCUGAACGCUUCAGAAAGCUUAUUAGCUCCCCAGAAAUUGUGCAAGAACUUGAUCGUAACUCUGGGCCUAAAACCAAAGGUUCCAAGCAACUCACAUGGGAUGCCGUUUUCAGUUUUCUACAGCGUUACCUCCAAAGGGAGACUGAGACCAUGAAAUCCAGUAAAUCCAAUGUCACAGCCACAAUGCUGGCCAUCCGCCAGAAGAAGAUGGCUGAAAUGGGCAGCUUGAUCAGAUUUUUUGUAUGCCACGCAAACAAACGUGGACCUCGUCUAAAGUGCAGUGAGUUACUAAAGCAUGUGAUUGAGGUACUUCAGAAUCCGUACAGCUGUUCAGCUUACGGCAAAGACUACAGCAGCCUGCUCCUAAAGGAAAUACUGUCUGUUCGCAAGUACUGGUGUGACAUUACUCCACAACAAUGGCACAGUCUUUUGGAAUUGUACUGUAGCUUGUUCAAAUCGUCCACAUCCAUUAACGAUGCUCUUGUAAGUCGGGUCAUUAACACGGUGGUGCAGGGCUGCUGCGUCCAGACUGAUGGAUUCAACAAAACAAUGUUUAGCUUCUUCUCCAAAGCAUUCCUCAAUGCAAGGCAUGAAAAAUGUUUGGCUGUUGUGGAGCAUGUCAUCUUGGCACUGAACACCUUCUUGAAAGCCGUGGCAAUGAACUGUCGGAUGAGGGUGUGUGGGCUGGGGGAGAAACUAUUACCAUCAAUCCUGUAUGUUUGGACUGACAUGAGGCCCAGUGCUGCUCUCAAAGAGGAGAUACUUGAGUUUUUCCAAUUACAGAUCUGCAUCCACCAUCCUGAAGGAGCGAAAACCCAGGACACAGGUGCUCAUGCUGAGGACUGGGCUAGGUGGCGGGCUUUGCUAUACAGCCUCUAUGAAGCAAUGGUGAAAGAAAUCAGCCAUAUUGGUAGCAGAGGGAAGUACGUCACCGGAACGAGACCAAUUGCUGUCAAAGAUAACAUCAUUAAGCUCACAGCUGAAAUCUGUCACCAGCUUUUCAGUGCUGACAAUAACUCACCGAUCUCAGAAGUAACUCAAACCUCUAUCAGAUCCUCCCUGAUGGAUAAUCCUCUGUGUGCAACACCAACUAAGAGGCGACGAAUUGAUCUUAGUUGGGAGGUUCUUAUGGACCGUCUACAGCCCCAAUGCAGUGAUUUUGAUCUCAUCCCAUGGCUGCAGGUCACCGAAGAACUUAUAUCGAAGUACCCGUCCAUGGUGCCCACCAAAGUGGUUGUCCCACUGCUGUCAGUUUUGCACCAGUUUUUAGUUGAGCACCGGCGAGGUGAAAGGGGAAGAUACGCUUUGCGCUGUUUACGAGCGGUAGCUCAUUGUCAACCCCUUUUGCCAGAAAGGAUCAGAGUUUAUAAGCCAGAUUUGGACAGGCUAUGGAGUCGGUUUUGGCCUCUGGUACUCAGGGGUGUGGGCUCUCCUCUGUUAGAAGCUCUCAGCCUUGACCUGCUGGUCGCCAUUGUCCACAACGGACUGGUCAAAAUGGAUAGAGAGUUGUGGAAGCUAUUCUCAGGAUCAGGAUGUAAACCAUCCCUGAGCUCUGUAAUUUGCCUGGCCCAGGCCCUUCUAAUGUAUCCAGUCCCCAAAGAUGAUCAUGGGGUCCUAGAUGGAUCAGGGUCAUCUAACCUGAAGGAAACCCUCGUAGACUGGUUGUUGAUGACAGAUCAGCACGACGAGAUGGAGGAUAGGUCAAGACCUCACCCCAUUAUUUGCAGUGAUUUCCCUCAAAAUCUAAUUGCAAACAUCUUAGUCUCUUUAACUUUGAAAGACACCCGGGCUGGAAUUAAUUUCCUUGUAGGUUCUGAGGAACUAGAGAGAUCCUUUUUUCAAGAGUCGACAUCACUCAAUGCUAAUGCCGACUUGAAGGAGAUUGAGAGAUUGUACUUGCAAUUCACCUUUAACAUGCAGUUAGAACAAAGCAGAAUAUCUAACAAGGGUUUUAAGGAGGCAUCAGCAGGCAGGCACUUCACAGUCAUAGCCAGUCUCAGAGAGAAGUUGGAGCAGUCUCUUCUUUGUGUCACAGACAAUCUCCUCAACUGCUACGUUCUUGAUGUGAGUUUUGAAUCUAGUCAGUCCACUCCGCCAGAGUGUCUCUUGCGCUGUUCCAGUUUAUUGACAGGUGUUCUAGCAGGUUACGUAUCCACAGGCUGUCUGACAGAAGAUGAGGCAGUACGGUCGCAGCUCUUCACUAAAACUAAGACCCUGGCCCAGGAAUUACGCGGAUUUGUUUCUAGUGUCAAAGUGAAGAUGAGUGAUGAAUUAACAAUGACCACAGUGAGGUCUGUUAUGAAGUUAUGCACACUUUCUGCCACAACAAAAAAGGAAAAUCUUUGCACAUUUUCCUCUCGUCUGUUCAUGAUGACUCUCCCAGCCAGUCUUAUCAAUGAGCUGGCAGAAAUUUACAAAAUUAUGCUAAGCAGUGCUUCACCAAGAGCUAUAGUUGUGGAGGAAGAUGAACCUAUGGAUAAUGACUGCGAAAUGAGCAGAACUCAGCAUGGGGAUGAGGAUGCUUUGUUUGAUGAGGAGUCCCACAGUGGGACGCAGAGACCCAGGGGAGGAGACAGCAGCGAAGUGUCAAGUGUACCAGGUGCAAAAAGCCUUUUAAAUGAUGAGAAUUUGGUUAGCCAGGACCUUGCUCUCCUUGCAAUCUUGGAGUUCUUGUGUGAGUGUGGCUCAGUCCAGCCGGUCCACGGCCACCUUUUUAAACCCUACGAUGUAAGACGCAGACUCUUGUUGUUGGUUGAGCAGAUUGACCCGAGCAAAGCUCUGCAUGUCAACAUGUAUCUUGUCCUGUUGAAGAAGCUGCCAGAGGAGGACUCCCUGACUCCAGAGGAGUUUGAUUCUCUGCUUCGUCCUCUGGCGGACCUUUGUUCUCUGUACCGUCAGGAUCAGGAGGUCUGUGUUGAACUUCUUAUGACUUUAUUGCCCUCCAUCAGGAGCUUGGGAAGAACUGAUUACAUGCAACUGGAGAUGAAACAUGUGCAGGGCUCCCUGCUAAAAGUUGUAUCAGGGUUCUGUUACCUGAGCCAAACAGGGAAAUGCACAGCUGCUGUCCGAGAUGCUUUGGUGCAAUGUCUUGUUGCAUUACUAGAAGCUGACCCAUGUUGCAAAUGGGCCAUCUUGAGUAUCAGGGCGCCUGAAAAAGAGGAAGACCGUCCAGUGUCCAUCGUUCUUCCAUCUCUUCUUGCAGAUUCCCAUCACCAGGUCCGCAUGCAUGUGGCCAUGUCACUGGAAAGAUUGUUUCUGGACUUGACACCAGAACAUCGAAACGGAAGAAAGAUGUUGUUGCACCAACAAGCAGCGUUUGAAAACAUUUACUUAAAAGCUCAGGAGGGCAUGAGACAUGUGAAAAGCAAAUCAACUGAUCACGAGCAGGAUGAGAUGUUCAACCGGAAGGCCACCUUACUCAAGAGUUUGUCAGUUAUCCUGUGUUGCAGUCCAGUCUGUGAGAAGCAGGUCCUAUUUGCACUCUUCCAGUCGUAUAAGGAAAAUAAUAUAGAGGAGCACCUUAUUAAGAAGAUGUUGGAAAGUGUAUCCAGAGCACUUGGCUACAAAAACAUGAAGAUAUUUGUCAGCUCUCACCUGAACUACUUGGUUGCUGAGUGGCUCUCCCAAAAACAGUCUGAUGACAGCUACAAGCUUGAGUCUUUUCCUUUCGCCCUACUUGACCAUGGAACUCUCAAAGAUUUCUAUAGUGUCUCCUACCAGGUGCUUAUCCCACAUCUUGUUUUCUUGGAUGAAUUUGAGCAAGUGAAGUCCAUUGGGCGGGAUCUUGAACGGGACUGGAAAGAGCUAGUGGCUGACUGUUUUCCCAAGAUCAUGGUUAACAUCCUGCCAUACUUUGCGCUGUCUGGCCAGGAGACACAAGUGGCACAACAAAGGGAGAAGGCUCACCGUGUGUAUGACCUUCUCAAAGAUGAAAACUGUUUGGGAAAACAGAAAAUUGAUGGCCUGAUCCACAGUAACCUACCCGAGAUUGUUGUCGAACUGCUAAUGACUCUCUAUGAAGGGGGUGCAAAUACAGAGGAAAGAGGAGACUUAAAACGCUUUGUAGGGGAAUUGGACCCUGUCCCGAAUCCGCCAUACUUCACCUCUCAUGUCAUCAAAGCUACACUGGACUAUCUGAGCAAAUGCCACAGUGCAAACCACAAGUCACUGGUGGCCAUUUUGUCAAAAACUCCAAUAUCGAUACAGAAAAUUUUGCUGGCAGUGUGCGAGAAGACAGCUGUGACGACAAAUCGUUAUGAACGCCAUCGCAUCCUCUUGAUGUAUCACCUCUUUGUCAACUUGCUGCUCAAGGAGGUGAAAGAUGGUCUUGGAGGUGCCUGGGCCUUUGUCCUCAGGGACAUAAUCUACACAAUCAUCCACCAUAUCAACAGCUCGCUGGUGCACGCAGACACACGCAGACCAGCUCAGUGGGAUGAGGUCUCCAACCGAAGCUUGUCUCUGUGCUGUGACCUCCUGACCACUGUUUGUAAGGCUGCGCUGCAGUUCUGUGGUGAUGCUCUAGACUCCCAUCUACAGGUCAUUGUUGGGACUCUCACAGCACAGGUGACCAGACAGUCGGUCAUCUCACAGCAGGCGCUCAAUCUGCUGCAGUUUCUAAUGAUAGAAAAUCAACACAAACUGAAGGAAGCCAUUUGCAAGUUGGAGCCGUUUCCUGACCUCCCUGAAUUCCAACAGUUGCGCUCAAUCCAGAACAAUCUCAAGUACAAUUCUGGGACUGUCACACUGAGACAGGAAAUAUCACACUUCCUGUCUGUGACAACCUUUGACUCAUUACCACUGACUAGACAAGAGGGACUCAGGCAACUUUCCCAAAAACUACAUGACGGCAAAACGGAGAUAAAAGAGAUGAUCAAAGAGUGCCAUGCUGAGCCCACCAACAGCACUUUGUUCAAGCUGGUUCUGAACCUGCUGCAGCUCUGUAAGAUAGCAACCAACCACCCUUCUGGAGCUGACAUUCUAGAGGCUGCAGGAAGUUGUCUUGGAGAAUUGGGGCCAGUAAAUCUCGCCACCAUCGCCUUGCUCCACGGCAGAGACCCCCUUUAUGAAAAGGCAGUGACUUACCAGUCCACUGACUCACAAUGUGUUUACAUCAUUCUUAACUGCAUGAAUGAUGCCCUAACUCAUCAAUGUAUUGAGGUGAGGCAGGCAGCAACUCAGUCUGUGAAGGACAUCCUUGCCACUCAGUCUGGAAUCAACUUUUGGGAGAAGCACAAACAAAGUCGAGACCCGAUGUUGACAUACUUGAAUCCAUUUAGGAAAGCCAGCAAGAAGGUGGUUGCUGUAGGUACUGAUAAGUGUUCGGAGGCCAUUGAGAAGCUUGAGAAUCAAGACUUUUGGAUCCCACAGAUUGGCAGCCACACAGUUUGGCUAAAAGCUUUGUGCACUGCCCUGCUUGACAGUGGAGGAGUCAAAUCUGAGGCUCUUCUACUGUCCCGACCUCUUUGUCUGGUCAAUUUGGACUGUUGCCAAAGGCUGUUGCCACUCAUCAUUCAUUCCAUCCUCCUGGAUGACAAUGAGGGCACAUGGAGAGAGUUGCUAUCUUCCCACAUUAGGGACUUCUUCAGUUUUUGUUCCAGAAGUGCUCAUGCGUCAAGCCGAUCCACCACACCACUUCUCCCUGACUCCGAGACUGACACUGCUAGCCAAGGCUUGUACGACAAGGCAUCUCUGCGUACCAUGCUGGCAGUUAUUGACUACCUGAGACACCAGCAAAGAAAUCUUAGGUCUGAUAGCAAGUCUUGUGGCACAGUGUGUGAUUCCAACUUCUGGCUGGAGCUCAACUACCUGGAAGUGGCCAAAUCUGCUCAGUCAUGCUCUGCUCACUUCACCGCGCUGCUCUACACGGAGAUAUAUGUGGAUAAGAUUCAGUCUAAUUUGGAAGACAUUCGCAGAACCAAAGGCAGGGCAACCCGUAAAAUCAACUUCGAUGAGAACAGCCAGAACCUCUCCUUCGCCAGACUAAAUGAGAAAAGUAUGGAGGACUCCAAUAUCAGCUUACAGGAACUGCUGAUUGAUGUCUACCGAAGCAUUGGAGAACCUGACAGCCUUUACGGCUGUGGAGGAGAAUCAAAGACCAGUCCACUUACAAGGAUUCGAACAUACGAACAUGAAGCUAUGUGGGGGAAGGCUCUGACUUCAUAUGACCUUCACUCAUCCCUGCCGGACGUCAUUCGACAAGUGGGAAUUGUGGAGGGCUUGCAGAACUUUGGUCUGGGUAGCAUCCUCACCACCUACAUGAGGGGUUUGGAGAGUGAAGGGGUGGAGUGUGGAGCUGAGCUGAGGGAGCUCCGUUUCCAGGCUGCCUGGAGGAACACCCAGUGGGGAUGUGAUCUGUCUGAGAGGAGUGACAAGCACAAGCCAGGAUUCCAUGAAUCCGUGUUCUGUGCGGUGCAAGCAUUGAAGGACAAGGAGUUUUCUGUGUUUGAUGAAGCUCUCAAACAGGCCAGGGGUCGAGAAGUAGAAGAGCUGUGUAAGGGUAGUCUGGAAGCAGUGUCGUCAUUGUAUCCAGCCCUGAGGAACCUUCAAAGCAUGAGAGAGCUGGAGAGCAUCAAACUGCUGUUUUCUGGUCGCUUCUCACAAAUGGCUUUGAGGAAUAUAUGUAACCAGUGGCAGCAGCAUUCCCAGCUGCUCGCAGACAGUGAGUUUGCUUUGGUGGAGCCCGUCUUGGCCAUUCGCUCUUUGUCCCACAACACCCUGAUGUCCAGAGCGGUGGACCCCGACAGCACUCAGUAUCUCAGAUCUGUGCUCACUGACCACUUAUUGGAGCUGUGCCGACUGGCUCGUAAAGCAGGAAACACACAGGUGGCAGAGCGAGCAGUGUUUCAAAUGAAGCUUCAGGGAGUUGAAGGAUCCUGGCCAUCAUCCCCCAUAUCACCUUGGCAAUUAGAGGAAGCCCAGGUGUUCUGGGCUAAGGGAGAACAGGGCCUGGCUCUGGACCUGUUGAGACAGAUUAUAUGCAAGCUUGAGGAUAAGGUGGACUUAAAUCCUGCUCUGGUACCGGUUUAUGCCGAGUGCCUCAGGCUUUGUGGUAACUGGUUGGCUGAAACUUGCCAAGAAAGUCCUGGUGUCAUUUUUGAAAAGUAUUUGGAGAGGGCUGUUGAGGUCGUUAAGGGCGAGUCAGGAGUGCAGGACACGCGGCUUCAGAACGUGCGAAUUGAGGCCUUCCUGUCGCUGGCUCGUUUUUCAGACGCCCAGUAUCAAAGCAUUGAUAAAUACAUGACUUCCUCUGAGUUUGAAAAUAAGCAGGCCCUGCUUGAAAAGGCCAAAGAAGAAGUUGACUUAAUGAAGGAGCAUAACGUGACAAAAAACAGGUAUACAGUGAAGGUUGAAAGAGAGCUGGAGCUGGAUGAGAGAGCACUUUCCAACCUGCAGGCAGACAGACAGCGCUUCCUGUGUAAGGCAGUCGAGAACUACAUACAGUGUCUAGAACAAGGAGAGGAACAUGACACCUGGGUUUUCCGUUUGGCUUCCCUUUGGCUGGAAAAUGCUGACAUUAAGGCAGUCAACGAAAUGAUGAAGAAAGGAGUCAAGAGGAUUCCCUCCUACAAGUUUCUGCCUCUCAUGUAUCAGCUUGCUGCCCGUAUGGGAACCAAGAUGGCAUCUGGAAUAGGAGAGGAUGUGGGCUUUCAUGAUGUCCUUAAUGAAUUGAUACUCCGCUCUUGUCUUGAGCACCCGCACCACACACUAUUUAUCAUUUUUGCUCUGGUCAAUGCCAACAAGGACGAAAAGUUUUGCACCAAUAGGAUGAUGAAGAGUGCUCCACGGCAGUCAUCACCAUUUGACUUGGAGCGUGCAGAUGUUGCCCAGAAGAUCAUUGGUGCGGUCAGGAAAAAAAGAGGCGAGAUGAUCCGCAGUAUUGAGCGCCUAUGUGACGCUUAUAUCACACUGGCUUAUCUGGAUACAACCAGGCACAAAGCAGAGAAGAGGUCCAUUCCCAUUCCUGCAGAUCAGCCCAUACAUCAAAUCAAGGACCUAGAUGAAGUUGCUAUUCCUACUGUUGAAAUAAAGGUUGACCCUUCAGGUCGUUAUGAUGACGUGGUUACAGUCCGUUCCUUUGUGCCUCAAUAUCACCUGGCUGGAGGAGUCAAUCUGCCCAAGAUCAUAGACUGCGUCGGCUCUGACGGCAAGAGCAGGAGGCAGCUGGUCAAGGGAAAAGAUGACUUGCGGCAAGAUGCAGUGAUGCAACAGGUGUUUGGCAUGUGUUCCAUGUUACUGCAGCGCAAUGCAGAUACACGCAAAAGGAAGCUCAACAUCAGGCGAUACAAGGUAGUGCCAUUCUCCCAGUGCAGCGGGGUCUUAGAAUGGUGCUCCGGUACAGUUCCCCUUGGAGAAUUCCUGACAGAUCCUGUCAAAGGGGCCCACCAACGAUUCCGACCUCAGGAUGUGUCCACCUUGACCUGCCGCAAGAAAAUGAUGGAGGCUCAGGCACUUGAGUUUGACGAGAAGCUGCAUGCUUUCCUUGAGGUGUGCAAAAUCUUCAAGCCCGUUUUCAGAUACUUCUGCAUGGAACGCUUUCUGGACCCAGCUGUAUGGAUGGAGAAACGGCUGGCCUACACCCGUAGUGUGGCCACGUCUUCUAUUGUGGGAUAUAUUGUUGGCCUUGGUGACCGACACAUUCAGAACAUCUUGAUUGAUGAGCAGACUGCGGAACUGGUACACAUUGACUUAGGUGUGGCUUUUGAGCAGGGUAAAGUUCUGCCCACCCCUGAGACUGUCCCCUUCAGACUCUCCAGGGAUAUUGUGGAUGGUAUGGGCAUCACUGGAGUGGAGGGAGUUUUCAGGAGGUGUUGUGAGAAGACCAUGGGGGUGAUGAGAAGCUCUCAAGAAGCUUUGCUGACCAUUGUGGAGGUUCUGCUUUACGACCCCUUGUUUGACUGGACCAUGAACCCUCUAAAGGCCUUUAGUUUGCAGCAUGACGAGCUCAACGCCACGCUUGGUUCAGCCAUGGGAGGAGAUGACUUUGACAAUCACCGUAAACACAGUGACAGUCAGAACUUCAACAAGGUGGCAGAACGAGUGCUGCUGCGACUGCAGGACAAACUGAAAGGAGUGGAAGGGGGCGCGGUACUGUGCGUGAGUGGUCAAGUCAAUCUGCUCAUCCAACAAGCCAUGGACCCUAAAAACCUCAGUAGGCUGUUUCCAGGCUGGCAAGCUUGGGUGUAA